AUGCAGUCUCCCUCUACGCACGCUGAAGCUCAUCUGGAAAUUGAGCGAAGUCGUAACUACAAAGGAACUGCUAAGAUUGAUCUCGAAGAAAUCGGCUUUCAUCCUGAUUCCUCACAAUCAGUCGAACAGCACAUCAUUGAUCGGCUCUGUGAAAAAUUUCAAAAGGAAGGCUGUCGCCGACUUGAUGCUCAAAAUCAUGUUGCGGCUAUCAUUUCUCUGCAAGACCUCCGUGCGGCAUUGCAAGCCGCUGGGAAAUCUUUCAAGGACUUGCUAACCUCUGAUCCCAAUCAUUUACUCCAUCUCCAAUUCUUGGCUGGCCAAGUCCUUUGCUUACAUGGUCGACAUCGUAUCCGAGCUGGCGCCAAGGUUCUUACCGCUGGUGAUCGAUGGUGGACGGUCGACAUUUAUCUCGAAAAUAUCAGUUAUGAACUACGGACUGCCCUCACAGAAGGAUAUUUUGAGAAGGAACAGCCAAGCGAUGGAGAGAUUUAUCGGAAGAUUCGUCGGUACCAAAAAGAACCGAAUGCUUUUAUUCAAAGAAUGUGGUGGGCGCGCCUGACUGAUGAUAAAGCCCGGUACCUCCGACAGCUCUCCAAGAACAUCGACCUUUGUUCCGCCUUUGAUGCCCUGCUGUCGAUUCCUGGACUGUGGGGUGGGAUGAGCUUGGAACAUGUGGCCAACGUGAUAGCAUUGCGCUGUGAUGAGGAAAUCGUGCACUAUCUGACUUCGCACCUCCGAGAAUUCUGGAUCUCCCUCGUGACUUCCGACCCGACCAAUCCUGAUCUUGAGGCGACGAUGAAGAUCGACGCCCACACGGUCGAGAUAUUGGAGCUGAUGGCGCCAAAAGCCUCAUACAGGGACGCUAGAAAGGUUCAGCGUUUGUUACGCAGCGGAAAAGUUCUCUCCAAAUUUAAUUUAUCCGAGAGAGCUCGGAUGUGGAAAUGGUUGCGUGAUUACGAUGGCAUCAUCCCUUCCUUGCGAACGUUCUUUCGAGAUAUCGAAUAUUUCAAGGAAUGUGGCAAUGCAAUGAAAUUGCUUGUCAACUUCAGCAAAAAUGGGCCGACGGUGCGGCGGGCUAUGCGGUGUUGUUACAAUCCUAGAGAUUCUCUCGAGGAAGGAUGUCUCAUCCAGACGUCCGAGGACACCUUUGAAAGGCAGUUCGGUAGCCGUGAAGUGCAGCAAGAGCUUUCUUAUCGACAGCUUUGGCUGUACGCAAUGCGUGUUUACCCCACAUUGACCAAACCCAACCCGUUGGCGAAAUCCCAAAAUAAAACGCUGGACGCAAUAGUGAUCUAUGAGAUAGCGAUGUUCGCACAUAAGUUGGGCUUCCAGUCCCCGGCUAUUGAGAAGCUCAUCACACAUUCCCCGGAUGCGAUGAUUGCACAGAACGCCUUGUUCAACGCUCGGGACCAGGAACGGUAUGAAUACGACGCCACAGUCUUUCCCACCCUAGUCCGCCGCAUUGUAGAAUGUUUCUCGAUGGCUACACCCCGCGGACAGCCACAGAUCCCUAGUCUCGUGGAUUCUACGGCUGAUUUGAAAGAGUGCUGUGGACUUCCUAGCAGUCAGGCCCAAAGACACGACCGCAGACUACUCUUCCUUGACUCUCUGCACACUGAUACAGUUGAUGUCUCAGGAACAGUGUCGACAUGGUAUGUGCGGCGAAACGUUUAUUUCGCUUUUUUUGGAAGGCUUUAUGGCUUUUCUGACAGUCUUCGAGUGCCCGUUUCCACAUCAUCAACAUUUCCGCUAGAUCGUGAUGUAACUAGCAGACCCAGCUCUGUCGCUCAUGAAGGGAGUGAAAUCGGAGCUCCACGGGUGGAAUGUAUGGAUCCCAUACCAGGUCCAGGGAAUACCGAGAGUAGGACUGAGAUCGCCAAUCCAGCAACCCAACAAGGAGAGGCCAACGAAGUCGUUGCUGGAAUUGAAUUAUCUGACCAACCACAAUCACUAAGGGAGGAAGAAACCUCAGUUGUAGACCAAGAACACUUCCAGAGAGAAGCAGAAGAAAAUGCCGUUGAGGGCACAAAGCUAAGAGACGCUCCACAUGAAGAGAACGAACUGGAGUCUGAUGAAUCCCCAAAGUCGGGACUUCUAGAACUGGAUACUCCAAAUGGCUUGCAGCCUGGGACUGGGUACCCUUCCAAUAUUUUAUCCCCAUCCCUCCAGUUGAAAAACGACCUAUCAAACUUCAUCGCCAAAAUACAUGUGUUGACAAGUCCACUAGAAGAUGAUCUGCAGCAAAUUGGCCAACUCAGAAGUCACAUUAUCGAUCAAGCAAACGACGCGCGGAAGCGCGAAAAUACAAAUGAUAAUACCUCUGGCAUCAACAAGAAGCUGAAGUCGGGCAAUGAACGGAAACGUCCAUGAACCGGAACUAUUGUAGGGACUCAUUCUUCCCCGUUGAACGAAGCUGAAUCCAUACGCUUGGUUUUGCUUAGGACUCUGAUAAAAAAAGCCGGCCAAUCUUUUAAUGUUGUGACUUUACAUAAGAUCUACGAAAUGGGCGAUCGGAUUAUCGAUGAAACCAAUGUUAUCCUGAACCGUUGGAGUGAGUGGUUGUUACGAGAAUUUCAAGCACCUGGCGUUUCCCUUCUACCUUGCCGCAACCUUUCGUCCGCAGAGAUUUGUAUUGCUGCGUAUCGGCUUUUAGCAUCAACCCACAAUAGCAGUCAUCACAGAUCGGUACAUCGCCGUCUAGCUCAAGUUCUUCUUUACAUCUUUGUCCAUGAAUUUGAUAAAGAGUUGCAGAAAAGAGAGGACAAGCAGGAGGUGGUGCUCCAACGUAACGGCCGUAAAAUGAUGACUAUCGUUCACGACUUGAUAGUAGAAAAGGUCGGUGAAUUUGAAAAGAAUGGCAAGAAGUGGAAUUGACAGGACGUGGUGGAAGAUAAAAAUCUUGGGAAGCGGUGGUAGCGACUGGGAAGUGGUAUUGGAUUUGUUGUCAUUCUGACCUGUGCAUCAGACUUAACAACUAGUCAUAUGGAAUAUCGAGCCUCCUUUACUGAUGCCAAGUUAGAUCUCUUGGUUAAUUAUAUUAGGAAUGCGUAUCCCAGCGCUGUGGGUCAUCUCCAAUCAUUUGACCCUAUAAUUCAACGCCUGAUCGCGAAUAUGUCUUUGUCCACAGAUGACAUUCUCCAUCCAUACCCUUCAUGCUUGCGAUUUAAAGCCCCAUCUGAAAAUGUUCAAGGACUAGAUUAGAGCCAUCAAUGGCUACUGCAACAGAAAAGCUCUUGCACAGCUUCAGGCAAGACUAAAGAAUGAUUGUUGGAGGCACCUUCUAUUUGUAAAUUCUUCAACAGUUCACCUGUUUGUUGCUUACAGCUCACUUAUAUGCAGACACAUAGUUCAACAGGACAUAACAUUUCUCUAUUAUUUGGCCUUAUGAUUGGCCAGCGACCACUCAUGAUUACAAUCACUAUGUGAAAAGACUGACAGCUAUCUUCCUGCCAUGUACGCGACGAUUUUCAGAAUUUUAAAUCUGCACUGUAUACUAUUUUAAUUUAAAGGAUGAAAGUAUUCAAAUGGAGUAUUUAG